UUGGCCGCCGCCCCCCGUCCGUCACGCCCGCCCCCUCGCCCGCCCAGGCCAUUAAAAGCAAGAUCAUCAUCGUCAGCGAUCACCUGGUGGGUUACUGUCACAGGACUCUCAGGUCCAUCCCCGCCGAUCAUGACGUCCAUAAAAGAGCAGGCCGCCAUCAGUAGGCUCCUGGGAUUUCUCCAGGAUUGGGACAGAGCCGACCAGGCUACGAGACUCCAGAUCCUGGAUAACUUCAUCGAAAUCAACGAAGGCAAGACGGCCCCCGAACUGGAGCAGGAGUUCUCCCAAGGAGCCAGCUUGUUUCUGCUGCGCCUGAGUACCUGGCUCAGGUUGUCCUACAUGUUUGGUCCCUGCUUAAAGAAGCUAUUAAAGGCCAUUAACAUCUUCUUAUCAGCGACCAGCAGCUACCACUACCUCGUAGAGUUCCUUGAGGUUGGCGGUGUCUUGACCCUCUUGGAGAUCCUCGGGUUGGAGACGCUGCAGGAAGAAGACAGAAAGGAAGCCAUCAAGUUACUCCAGCUGAUCGCCAACGCCGGCAGGAAAUUUAAAGAGCUCAUCUGCGAAAGUUACGGGGUGCGAGCAGUCGCGGAGUUUUGGCCAAGACGAGUCAGAGGAAUGUCAGGAAGAAGCACAGAUUCUCUUGGAACUUCUUUGGUCCACGGAAAUCCCAAGUACCAGAAGCAAGUGUACAAAGGUCUGAUUGCACUGCUGUCCUGCAUCCCCAAAGCCCAGCAACUCACUCUGCAGACGCUCAAAGUCGCCCAGGAAAUUGUGGGAACAUCUCACCCCUGUACGGAGGCUGUCCUAGAGGUGCUGCACACUAUUCAUCUGGAUGUCCAGUAUGAAGCCAUUCAGCUGAUCCAAAUCCUCAUGGGCUUCGAGGCGCGCUGGGCCGUGCUCCGGGGCCUGGUGGCCCUCCUGAAACCAACUCCCAAGGAGACCGACGAGCCGCUGCCCCAAAUCCUGAAUGACUCGUCGGUGCUCCAGAUCUCCAACUGCCUCCCGGUGUUCCUCCAGCAAGCCGCCGCCGCCAAAGCGCUGGGCAUCUUGGUCCGCGGCUCCAGGACCGUGGCGGAGGAUCUGCUGCAGCUGCAGGUGGUCCACGGACUCCUGUACGCCAUGGGCAACCAGGACCACACCAACUCCCAGCGGCUGGCCGGCCUCUCCCUGGAGGCCUUGGUGCAGAUGUUCCCUGUCGUGCACGAGCAGGUGAAGAUGGCGAUGGGGGAGACGUUGUUCCAGUUCUUCCUGAGCAACAUGGAAGAUUUUUACCUCAACUUGGACCCCAUCCAGGCUGAGAUCCUGACGUCCAAUAAAGUCACCAUCCUCUCCGGUGAGCCGCAAGAGAGAGCCUCCAGGAUCCCCCCAGACAUCCUCCCUCCGCUGACCCGAGAGCCGGGAGCGGUUCCCUCGGGCUGGGAGCAGAAGGGAGAGGAGGCCGAAAAGGCAAAAAUGGAUGGUUUUGAGGCUGACGGAGAGGAGGCUCUGGGAGCCUCGGCCUAAAAAACCGCCCUGCCCCCCGAGCCCCUGCCAACCGGCGGCGAGAUUUGGAAAGGAAUCACGAGUGAGAACGGAGCCCCACGGGGCUGCACAGGGUCUCAGCGGCGGCUUGUAACCAGACAAGAAGGGGAACCGGGUGGGGGGAGGUUGGAGAACAUGCCGACAGGGAGAUCUAAUUCUCCUCCCUGGUCUGGCCGGGGAAGGGGCUCCGUCCGGUAGGUAGUGCCCGAUGUAAUAAAUGAUUAAUUUACCGAUAA